AAAUCUUACGCUUGCAGUUCAGGCUUCUCCAGAUCUCAGCAGAGCAAGAUUGCGGAUUACUGCGUAUGGCCAGUGUUCUGGACUCAGCAGCUUCACUGCUGCGGGAUUGGCUUGUUUUCCCUUCCUUCCAGCACAGCAAACAUUUACAUAUGGCUCUCAAGCGCUUACUCUUGAGCCAGUAUCAAUGGGAUUUAGUAACAGGGGGAACCCUAUGCACCACACGCUCCCUGUGGUGGGUGAACCCUCCUGUUUUGCUCCUUGCUGUGGUGCGUGUGUGUCUUGUGGCUCCUACGCUCGUGUAGACUGGUGUGGAGUGUGUGGAGUCAGGGAGACUGGCCACAGCAAUUGGGUCACAGAGGGCCCUACUGGGUUUUGGAUGCAGUGCUUCAGGAAGUACCAGUGGGAAGGCAGCCGUGAGGAACUGAUCUCCAAGGAAGAAUGAAGUGAGCUGGGAGCAUCAGUAUGAAAUCAGGAGAACUGAACUGGAGGGCUGUUAUUUUCCAUUGGGAAGUGCUGUCAGAAGUAAUGAACAACCUGUUCAUAAAGUGCGGCAAGGAAGUUUCAGGUUAGGCAUCAGGAAAGCUUUUAACGUUAGAGAGAAAAAAGAGAGCACUAGAGUAAAUAGUUGAGGACAGCGCUCAUUUUUUGGAUGUCACCAGAAAGCUUUAAGAAUAGGUUAAGUGAACACCUGUCAGGAAUGAUGUCACUAUGAGUUGAUUCUUACUCUGGAAAAGGCAGCCUUCCUUCCUCUGGUCCUUGUGAUGUUUCUGUAUCAGUUUGGGAACAUUUGGAGCGGGAACAGUUGAAAACCAGUUAUUUGCUCACACCAAAACUUGGGCAUCUACUUGCAGUGUUUCAUAGCAAGUCUGGCACCAAGACUGGAAACGAUCAGAGUCAAUGUUAUGAUGUUGAAAAGCAAUGGAGAAUUUCACAAAGGACAGGUUGUGUUUAAUAUCACCUAUGUUAAUGGACAGGUAUAUCUAAAUGAUUUUCCUAUGAGAAGUGGAGUUGCCCACAUAACGUGUCAAACAGUAAUAUUGGAGAAUGGAAGCCUGGAUGACAUAGCAGAGCAGCAGCGCCUGGGAACUGUCAGCGUUCGCAUCAUGGUUCAUGAGUGGCCUUUGGCAUCCAGUUCUGAUUUGCAGUUGAUUGUCAUUCAGGAAGAAGUGACGGAAAUUGAUGGAAGACAGGUUCAGCAGGAAGAAGUAACAGAAAUAGAUAUCUUAGUGAAGGACCUGAGGGUACUGAGACAUUCAAACUACACUGUCCCUUUGAAAGAGAGUAUGCUGUAUUCCAUCCCAAGGGACAAUGAUGUGCUAUUUACGCUUCCCAACCUCUCAGGAAAAGAUAUUCAAGAUCCACUGCAAACUACCAGUCAGUACCUGAUCCGGCAAGUAGAAACCACAGUGGAUGAAGAGACAUUACCUGGCAAGUUACCAGAAACACCUCUUAGGAUAGAACCUCCAUCCUCCUACAAGGUGAUGUGCCAGUGGGUGGAAGACUUGAGAAAAUGGCUCUGCCGAUUCUGGUUUAAAUCUUUACCCAUUUUCUUUAAUCUGAUGGAAGUCAUUGUGGUUGGAGUUAUUGGAGCAGCGCUCAUUCUAAAAGUCUUAAAGGUCAUCUUCCCUUCCUGUGAGCCCAAAGGCAUCCUUCUCCUGGAUCAAAUGAGCUUUGUACCUGUGAUUACCAUCAGCUUGCCUUCAGAUGUUCCAGACAGGAAAAAUAAUUUAGAUGAGAGAACAUGUACUUAAUAAUGUAUUUACUUCAGAGUUGCUCUUUUUUUUGUUUUUUUUUUUUUUUGUUUUUAAUGAAUUUUUAGUUGACUUGAAAUUUGGCACUUGAUCUUAAUAAUUUGUUUCCUACUGAGAAAACUAAGUCAGUUGAUUAAUUGGUAAAGGGACGGUCAGGAUGAGGCCCAAAGCUGACUUCCCUGUGCCUCUUCAUAAACACGCAGCCUUCUUCAGAAGCUUCAAAAUACAACAGCUACCACUGAUUUUAACUUCUGUGAAGUCACUUCUCUGCAGCUCGGACAGGAUGCUGGCUGCCUUCACACCUAUAGAUAAAUCAGCUCUCCUAAGCAGCCAGCUGACAAAAUUCAGGGUGCCCUGAAGUCUCUAAAUACCACUUUUGAGAAAAGGACAAAGGAGUAUCACAAACGUUAACGUGUGCCUGCAAGCUGAAACAGAGCUGCCCAAACGGGGUUCAGGUCUCUUAGGGUUGAGUGUGCCUUGCAAGGAAAGUAUCACUACCACACAUUUGUAUUGCUCAAGUAAUUUGACAUAUAUGCAAAACAAAGUUUAAAAAGGCAGAUUUAUAUUUCAAGCACUUUAUACUUUUAUGACCCCUUAACGCUCAUAAACGUUAGCACUUGUAACGUGGCUUGUUCACAAGGUUCUUUUUGUAUUUGUGACAGUGCUAUGUGACAUCUCAAAAUCAAGGAAAAAGGAAUUAACAAUACUGGCUUACUAAGUAGGCCCAGUCUUCCCAUGCUGAUUUGUACUGUUCGUGUUUUUCAAAUAAACAUUUAAAUUGUUUAUUAAA